CGUUAACACAUUUCCGGUACGCCUCUUCCGGUCCUCUUUCCUGCCUCUUGUUCAAGAUGACUAAGAAGAGAAGGAACAACGGACGUGCCAAGAAGGGCCGCGGGCAUGUUCAGCCCAUUCGCUGCACUAACUGCGCUCGGUGUGUUCCUAAAGACAAGGCCAUCAAGAAAUUUGUCAUUAGAAAUAUUGUUGAGGCUGCAGCUGUGAGGGACAUCUCAGAGGCAAGCGUAUUUGACUCCUACGUCUUGCCCAAGCUCUAUGUGAAGCUGCAUUAUUGCGUGAGCUGUGCCAUCCACAGUAAGGUGGUGAGGAACCGAUCUCGGGAGGCCCGCAAGGACCGCACGCCACCUCCACGCUUUAGGCCAAGUGGCGCUGCUCCUAGAGCUCCUCCAAAGCCUAUGUGAAGAAUUGGUUGCAAACUGUACACUGUAUUGUGUGCACACUAAUAAAAUCUAGUUAGAAAAGA